AUGACCUGCUCCAACUGCUCCUCCGGCUGCCCCUCGGGCUGCCCGGCCUCCGCGUGUGCGCCCCUGAGCUGCCGGCCCGUCGUGUGCCUGCGCCCCUCCUGCCAGCCGUCCGGGGGCUGCCAGCCCAUGAUGAUCUGCCAGCCCUCCGGGGGCUGCCAGUCCUCGGGGGGCUCCCAGCCCAUGAUGAUCUGCCAGCCCUCCGGGGGCUGCCAGUCCUCGGGGGGCUCCCUGCCCAUGAUGAUCUGCCAGUCCUCCGGGGGCUGCCAGUCCUCCUGCCAGUCCUCCGGCCCCACCCUGGUCUGCAGACCCAUCUCCUGUGGCCUCCCUGCCUGCUGCGUGCCCGUGAGCUGCAGACCCAUGGUGUGCAUUGCCUCCUCCUGCCAGUCCUCUGGGGGAUGCCAGUCCUCCUGCCAGUCCUCCGGCCCCACCCUGGUCUGCAGGCCCGUCCCCUGCGGCACCCCUGCCUGCUGCUGA